GCUGAAGUGCGUCCUGACAGCGCUGCGCGGUAGCCUAUAUCAAGGGUCUCCCCAGUUUAAAGGAUGCACUGGUCAAUGAACACACUUCCCUUGACUCCAUAUAUGGAGCUGGGUGUCCAUUCACUGAGCGGCCUUCUGUGGACUCUACUGCUUUUGUUUCUGUGGCACUGUUAUCGGAUGGGAUCCGAUCUGCCAAUCCCAGGCCAUGCGCAUGCUGGAAAGCUCAAGUCAAGCUCACGGCGGUCCAUGAUGACCCGUAGCGGUAGCUGCAUUGGAACAAGGUGUAGCGCGCGAUCCAAGCUGUCAAGGAGUGAUCAAAUUAGUCCCUUUAUUUCCAUGGAAACAGUGGAUGAUGAGGAGCAGGGACGGGGUUACCUCACCCCAGUGCUGAGUCAUGCCCUGUUCCCUGCCCAGGCAUCUGCAGAAGCCAAGAAGCUGUACACAGCCCUGCAAGAGUAUGCCAAACGCUACAGUUGGGUGGGCAUGGGCCGCAUUCAUAAGGGCCUCCGUGAACAGGUCAGACUGAAUGAACAUUCUGCUAUACAGAAGCCUCAUCUUUUCUUCCUGCCAGAUGUUCCAAGUGUGCCUUUCUUCCCACGUGAUGCCCAUCGACAUGACAUUGAGGUCUUGGAAGCUAACUACCCCAUGAUCUUGGCUGAAUUCCAGGCUGUUUACCAGAAGGGCAUUGACUCAAAAUUAGGUUGGACCUGUGUUGGACCAAAGGGCCAAGCUGUGUUUCAUUUGUACAGUGCUGGUGUCUGUGUGGCAGGAAACUGCCGUGCCUGUCCCUGCACCUACCGGACGCUUUUGUCUCUGCGUACAUUUAUAAACAGCAACUCAUUGGGAUCUGCGGGAUUUUGGCUGCUGGGGCCUGGAGCAACUUUGGGAAGCUCAUAUGGACCCACUAAUACACGCUUACGUUGUCAUCUUGGUCUGCAGACUCCGCCCCUGUGCGAGCUGGUGGUGGGAGGGGAGCCUCAGUGCUGGUCAGAAGGACACUGCCUCCUGGUUGAUGACUCCUUCCUUCACACUGUCUCCCACAAGGGCCCUCCAGAUGCUAGACCUAGCGUCAUUUUGAGUGUAGACCUCUGGCAUCCAAAUGUGGCUGCAGCAGAGAGACAAGCUCUGGAUUUCAUGUUCAGCCCUGACCUCUAAACUUGUAUACAACAUGAACGGAUGCCUUACAUUAGCCCUGCUUCAUCUGGGACAUGCCUCUCAUUCCAGUAAAUUAAUCACUGUGUGAAUCUGCCCCAAGAAUUACACAAGCUACUAGCCAUGCUUUCAAGUGGUGUUGGAUUUCUGCGCUACACCGAGAUUUGUCACAUGAAUGCAUUAUGCUGUUGUUAGUCAAGGCUAAAUGCUAGCCAACAAACUGAACAUCACUUGAAAGCACAAAGAGCAGAUCCAGCAUUAGCAUCUUGAUGUCAUAACUUCAUGCAUGUGAAAAUUACCUGUUUACUGGAGUUUGCUUUGAACUUUUGGUGCAUGUGCUAAUAUGCUUCAACUGAAUAUGCUAAUAUGGUUCAACCAAAAAAACUGUGAAAACCCAAAAAUCAGAUAAAUAUAAAUUUAUUUUUGUUUCCCAAACAUAUAUUGACUUAUAUAUAUUAUUUCUUUCUUUCUCUAUUUACAGUACUCUGUGUAUGCUUGUAUAUUUCUAUCUAGAGAUCUUUUCCUAUAGUUUUAUUUGUUUAUAACUGGUUGUCAUGUAGUGGUUAUUAUAGAACAUACAGUAAUGUGAAAAAUUCUUGAGCCACCUGUCAUUUCUUUAUAUUUUGCAAGGAAAUUAAAAAUGUGUGCAAACAUACAUGGAAAAACAGUAUAUAAAGCAAAACCAGAGUCAAUAUUUGGUGUGACCACCUUUAUGCUUCAUCACAGCUUUCUUCUCAUAUCUUUAAGUAGUCUUCAGGAAUAUUUCUCCAGGUUUGGAUGUUGGCUGCCUUUUGUUCUGUUCUCUGUCAGGAUGAUCCCACACUGCUUCAGUAAUGUUGAGGUCCAGGCUCUGGGGAGGGCAAUCCAUUGUGUGUUUUUCUAUCCAGGUAUGCCCAAAAGCACUGCCAGUGCCAGUUAUCAUUGUCAUGCUGAAAAAUGAAGCUGAUACCAAUCAGAUGCUUUCCAGAUGGCAUUGCAAGAUGGAUCAAAAUCUGAAAAAAACUUCUUACUUUUCUGUGUUCAUAAUUCCGUCAAUUUUGACACGAUACUCAACACCACUGGCUGAAAUGGAGCACCAAAUCAUGAAAAAAGCCUCAGUGUUAAGUGGCUUAAAAAACAAACAGCAACAUCCAUCCCUCCAUCCAUUCUCUUUCGCUUAUCAUGUUCAGGGGCUGCCGUGGGCAAACGGCAACAAUGACAACAAAAUAAAAACAAAACAAAAAAACAUUUCUCUGAAAAUGGUCAGGUAUAAGGACAGGAUUGCACAUGAGUGAAAAAGCACCAAAUAGCCAAAGAAAAGUUUUUAAAGACCUUCAGAAAGCCUGAAGAUCUACUGAUCAAGACCACCAAAUUACAUAAAAGUUUGGCUCAUUGGAAACAAAAUAAUAAUUUUGAGGGGUGGCUCAAAACCUUUGC